AUGCCUGAAGCGGUCGCAACAUCCACCCCUUGCCUUGGACCGUACAGCCCGGCUGUGAAGACCGGGAACCUUGUCUUCGUGUCAGGGCAGCUCGGCAUAAAGGACGGCGAGCUUGCCGACGGUGUUCAGGCCCAGACACGCCUCUGCCUCGAGAAUCUGAAGGGCGUUCUCGAGGCUGCCGGCACAACCAUGAAGAACGUCGUCAAGUGCCAAGUGUACUUGAAGAACAUGGAUGACUUCGCCAAGGUCAACGAGGUCUACGCCGAGUUCUUCACCGAGUCAAAACCUGCGCGGAUCUGCGUUGAGGUGGCCCGCCUUCCCAAGGACGCUUUAGUGGAAAUCGACGCGAUAGCCGAACAGUGA